AUGCCGACUUCAAUACCAGGCACAUCUUCAUCUUCCUCUUUCGAAGGCUGCGCAGUUUGCGGUGAUCGAGUUAACGGAAAUCGAUACGGUGCACCGGCUUGCCUAGGAUGUAUCGUGUUUUUUCGAAGAGCUGUCACCAAUGACGUCACUUAUAAAUGUUUAAAGGGAGGACAAUGUGUAAUUACCAAUGGUGAGUUUUUUUUGACUGAAAAUGACUGAAAAUUCGGAAUUUUUCCGCAGAAUCCCGAUGUAUAUGUCGAUACUGCCGCCUCCAAAAAUGCUAUACAGUUGGAAUGAAAGCGUCAGCCAUCCAGCGACGAGAUGUGAUGGGACCGAGAAAACCAAAAACCUCCUCGGCCACCGGAAACUCGGCCACGGCCGCCGUUGUCAAACAAGAGAUUGUCGAUGAUACACCAAUGCUGAAAUGCCAAUCGAAUGCGUCGAGUAGUAGUGGUGUUAGUGUGACUGGAGGUAGGAAUGGGUUUUUGGGCUGAAAAUUGUUGAAAUUCAUGAAAAUUGACAGAAAAUUGAUAAAUUUUGAGGUUUUCGAGCUGAAAAUCUGGAAUUUUUGGACCUGAAAUACCUAAUUUAAUUUCAGGAUCUCCUGUUUCUGGUACAAGCCUAAUCGAUGCUCUCGUCAAACUUCAACAAUACCAGGUUCGAAAUCAUCGAUCGUUUUUUGCGGCUCACGAAGAAAUGGAAAUGAACGGCGAUAUUUUUGCGAUUCUGAAUCGAAAAGUGAGUUUUUUGGGUAGAAAUGGGGUUUUUUAACCCAAAAAUUUUGAUUUUUGAGUUGAAAUUAGAUUUUUAUCCCAGACACAUUGAUUUUUAAUCAAAAAAUGAUGCUGAAAAAAAUUCUGAAAAUUUUACGUUUCAUCAAAUUUUUAAAUGGAAAAUUGGAGAAUCUGAAUUUGAUUUACUCAAGAAGGGAAGCUCCACUAUUUUUAGAAUUUCAAAAAAUAACAAAAAUUCAAAGUAACAAAUUAGAAGUUUUAAAAUUGACAAUUGUGAGCUUUUUUGGAUCAAUAAUUGAAAUUUGAAAAAAUUAUUGAUUUUUCCACAAAAAAUGAUGUCGAAAAAAAUGCCGAAAAUUUUACGUUUCAUGAGAUUUUUAGAUGAAAAAUUGGAAAAUCUGAAUUUGAUGGGUCUAGGAAGAACGCUCCACUAUUUUUAGAAUAAAAAAAAUAACCAAAAAAUUCGUUUUAACAAAUCUACCUUUUUUUUCAAUGCCACAUUUCAAAAUUGAGCAUUUUCAGAUCAAUAAUUUUCGAAAUUUGAAAAAAUAUUGAUUUUUCCACAAAAAAUGAUGCCGAAGAAAAUCCCGAAAGUUUUACGUUUCAUGAGAUUUUUAGAUGAAAAAUUGGAAAAUCUGAAUUUGAUGGGCCGAGAUAAAAUGUUCCAAAAAUCCUUUCCUUCAUUUUACAUUAAAUGUGAAAUUACACACAGGCAAUAACGGAAGGAUCCAUAAUGUGCACCUUAUGGAUCCAUCACCUCAAGGGGCUUGAUGGAUCCAUAAUGGAUCCAUUAUGGAUCCUUCCGUUAUUGCCUGUGUCCAUAAUAGAUCCAUACUGGAUCUAUAAUGGUUCCAUUAUGCAUCCAUUAUGGAUCCAUCAAGCCCCCUCGAGGUGAUGGAUCCAUAAGGUGCACAUUAUGGAUCCUUCCGUUAUUGCCUGUGCAGUACCUUUUAGGUCCAUGAUUAUUGUAAAAAAUCAGAAAACAUUUUUUUCACUGUUUCAAAAAAUUCAUAUAUUUUUGUUGGGUUUCCAUCCAAAAACAUUGAGAACUUCAAGAAAUUAAUCAACAAGUUCUAAAUUUUCCUUCUUCAGAUCAACGGCGACAAUUUCCGGCGAGCCCGAGCUCAUGAUGUCAACACAAUGCUCAGAUUAGGCCUACUCGAUGCGGCCCAAUGGGCCAAUCAAUUUGAGCCAUUCCGCCGUCUCCCACUAGCCGAAAAAAAGCACGUUCUCACCGAAUUCGGCUUCACAUUCAUGCUGGUCGAUCAAGGAUAUCGAACUGCACAAAGAGCCGAACGUGGAUUCUGGCUACUGCAAAAUGAUACUUUUAUGCAUGAGGAUUAUUUUUUGGGAUUGCCUGAGGAUGCUGCCAAGCUGGAUCAGGCGAAAACGAAAGCAAAGUGGGUGAUUUUUGAGAUUUGGGAAGGAAAUUUGAACAAAAUCCUGAAAAUCCGAGCUGCAAAAUUGUUGUUUUUCAUGAUUUUUUGCACUAGAAAUUGAAACUUUCAAAUUUGCCACCAGAAAUUCCGUGUACUUCUCUCGGACAAGAAAUUUCAAAAUAAAAAAUGCAAUGUUUUUUUCAAAAUCUAAUCGAUUCUAAGGAAAAUCCACUACUUCUUUUGGACAAAAAAUUCAGAAAAUAAAGAUCCGUGUACUUCUCUCGGAGAAACAAACUAAAUAAAAAUUUUGUUUAUUUCUCUUGGACAAGAAAAUCCUAAAAUUGCCUUACAAAAUCCAUGUACUUCUCUCGAACAAAACAAACCAGAAAAGAAAAGAUCCGUGUACUUCUCUCGGACAAAAAAAUUCAAAUUUUAAAUUCCGUGUACUUCUCUCGGACAAGAAAAACCCAGAAAAUAAAGAUCCGUGUACUUCUCUCGGACAAGAAAAUCCUGAAAUUGUCUCACAAAAAAUCCGUAUACUUCUCUCGGACAAAAAAUCUGAAAAGAAAAACAUCUGAAAAGUCCGUGCACUUCUCUCGGAGAAAAAUUCAAAUUUUAAUUUCCGUGUACUUCUCUCGGACAAAAAAACCAGAAAAUAAAAUUCUGUUUACUUCUUUCGGAUAAUAAAUCUCAAAAAUUUCUGCCAAAAAAAACCCUUGUAUUUUUCUCGGUCCAUUUUUUCCAACAAAUUUCUUCGAUUUUUUUCAGACUUCAUCCAUUAUUUAUCAACGAAUCACUCGAAAGUGUCGGAUAUCCGAUGAAAGAUUUGGAAAUUGAUGAAUUCGAGUGUGCCGUGUUGAAAACUGUGCUGCUUUUGGGACGUGAGUUGAAUUUGACCGAAAAUUUGAAAAAUUUGAGGGAAACUUACCUGAUAGUUGCGAAAAACAGUUUGAAUUUUUGAAAAAAUCAUGCGCCCUGUAUUUUCAGGUUCUGGAUCUAACUCGAAAUCUGAGCAGACGCGUGGUACGGUUUUUUGUUCGUAGUGUGUUCCUUUGAACUGAACUGUCUUUCUACUAUUUUGUGUUUUUUGGAUAGAGAAACUUCUGAUUUCUUCUCUAUUUUUUUGUUUUUAGACGCGAGUCGCGCGAAGUCUCAGAAAAGCUGAAAAUACUCCAAACUAUAUAAUUUCCCCCGAAUUUUUUCAGACAAAAAUCAUUUUGGCCAAUCACCGGACUCUCUCAAAUCACUUCUUUCACGAUGUUUUGUCGAACUCAUGGAUUACUGUAAACGAAAAUGUCCGGAAAAUGCGGCCGAAAGAGCUGGAACUGUUCUAUUAUUCACAAGUUCGAUUCGAUGUUCCAUCAAAGCAUUGUACAAUCAGACGAGAGUUUCGGAUGUGUUUAGUUUGAUGAAAUUCGAUCCGCUGGUUAUUGAUGUUUUGUUGUCAUAG